AUGCCACCAAAACAGAUAAAAAACUAUCUCCAGUCACCAAAGGACCAAUUUCCUUUGCAAACACCAGGCGUGUAUGCUGUUCCUUGUAGCUGUGGGUCGUGUUACGUUGGACAAACACAAAGAAGCAUUGCCACUCGCUUAAAAGAGCACAUAAGUGCGGUUAGCAAAAGCCAACGGGAAAAAUCGGCAAUUUGCGAGCACUUAUUGGACAAUCCAGACGAACACCACUGGAUACACUUUGACCAAGCGAAGGUGUUAGCUCAAGAGUCGCACUACAUUCGACGGCUGGUACGCGAGGCGAUUGAAAUAAAACGCCACAAAAACUUCAAUCGUGACGAUAGUUUUAAACUUUCGCGUUCAUGGGAUACCGUCAUCAACACCUCACGGUCAUCCCAAGUUGAAGUGAAAACACCCUGUGAUGUAGUGAGCAUUGUUUGCUCCCAACAAAUUCAAACUCAAGAAGAACCCCAACGACAACAACAACAACCAGAGUUAGAACGGCCUACGCACAAAUACAACUUGCGGAGCCGAUCUAACCAACUUUAA